AUGGCCAGCUGCUGUCGCGUGCCUGCCACACGAAACACAGGUGUCGUUAUCCCCAUACAGGUUCCAGCUGUGGCGGAUUGGUGGGAGCACUUUCCUCAUACCGAGCUGGCCGACUCUCCAUGUACCUUGAAUUAUGGGUCUCGUGGAAAUUGUGGGGCUUUUGCCAGCGUUGAUCUCAGCCCUGGUAAACCGCCCCGUCAAUUUACUAGGCACGAUCUGGCUGCUAAGCAAAGCAACGACCAACGGCAAUCGAAACACAUCCUCAUGGACGAGCUCGGUACAGCACGAGGCGGCACUUGA